UAUUGUUGUCGCCAAGAAGAAUAACGUUGUUGUCGCUGUUUCUUGUAAGUUUACAUUCUUGCAGAAGAUUAAAUAAAUUCCUCUUCCAUAUAGAAAUACACUGUCCUACGGAAAUGGGGAAUGUUGCAAAAGUCCACACAGCCCAAGAAAAGUCCAUAAUCUCCGACUCCCCCUAGCUACUUUUAGUUCAUCUUUUAUGCUCCUUUCUUCUUUAUAUGGUUCCACCCACUUUAUUACACAUUGAAUUCUCAUCUCCUCCGCCUCUCACCGUCUUCACCAUCUUCGCCGGAAAACCAGAUCAGUAGAAAUGAUGAAAAGCAGCGGCCAGAGAAACAAUGGGGUUCGGCAGUACAAGAAAUCCGAGUUGCCGCGUCUACAGUGGACGCCGGAGCUCCACGGUCACUUCGUCGACGCCGUCGAGCAUCUCGGCGGACGCUACAAAGCAACUCCGAAGAGAAUUGUGCAGAUGAUGGCAGUAAAAGGAUUAAAGAUUUCUCAUGUCAAAAGCCAUCUCCAGAUGUACAGAAACAUGAGGGAGCGGACAACCUUCGACGUUUUCGUGGCUGCAGAAAGCUGCAACUUCCGUGAUGGCAGGUUACAUUCCUCCACUUGGGCUCCCCAAGGGCACACAUUUGAAAGGUUACUAAGACAAAGUUUUGAUGAGAGUGAAGAGGAGAAUAAAUUGGGGUGCUAUUUUUCUGGUAAUAAUCAAAGAAAUGAGAGCAAUCCAAUUGGGCAUCACCUAUUUUAUCAGGAAUCACAGGGAAGUCUGAACUGCGAAAUGACGACGACCAAGGCGGAAGAAGACGGCGGCGGUCCAAGUGAUGAAAGCUUUGAGCAGAUCCCACAAUCAGCAUAUAAUGAAGACGACAGAAGACAAGUUUCGCCGGUAAAAGAUGACCGGAACUCUCACUCCGGCGCCGCCUCAACCGACACGGUAGACCUGCGACAUUUGCAGUCCACCAAAGACAGCAAAAUCAACCUAGACUUGUCCAUCUCGUGUCUCUAUUGGUAAUAUAAUGCAUGCAUGCAUGGAGCGAGAUAGAUGUCAUAUAUACAUCAAAUUAGGGCUGUAUGUUCAUACAUGUUACACAGUACAAUAUUUGUACUGAAUUCAUAGACUACCCAUUUUCCCAACUUUAAUUUAUUUGUUUAUUUUUUUUUUUUUUGUAAUUUUAAUACUAGUUCAUUUCACAACAAUUUAAAGUUCACUAUUUUCUUC